CGUAGCCUUAUAUUAAUGUACAAGAAUUUGGCGAUAACUGUGUCAUGCAUAUCUGUAAUGGCAGGAGAUUCUUGAUUUCUUGAAGAAAAAACAUAGCAAUAAGAGGAUAUAUAUAUAAGGACUCCAUGAAUUCAAACAACUGGCUUUCUUUUCCCCUCUCUCCCACUCAUUCUUCCUUACCAGCACAUCUACAGACAAGUCAGUCUCAUCACUUUUCUCUAGGGUUGGUCAAUGAUACUAUGGACAACCCUUUCCAAAGCCAAGAGUGGAAUAUGAUCGAUACCCAUGGCAGCAGUGAAGUUCCAAAGGUUGCUGAUUUUCUUGGUGUGAGCAAAUCUGAAAAUCAGUCAGAUCUUGUUGCCUUCAAUGAAAUUCAAACUAACGAUUCUGAUUACCUAUUCCAAAGCAGUAGUCUAGUGCCAGUGCAAAACACAGUAGUAGCCACCACUAGCAAUUAUGAAUUUCAAGAAAAUGCUAAUAGUUUGCAGUCAUUGACAUUGUCCAUGGGUAGUGGUAAGGGUUCCGCAUGCGAAACUAGUGGUGAUAAUAGUACUAAUACUGUUGAAACCACCCCUAGAAGGACUUUAGAUACAUUUGGGCAAAGAACUUCAAUAUAUCGUGGUGUAACAAGGCAUAGAUGGACAGGAAGGUAUGAAGCUCAUCUUUGGGAUAACAGUUGUAGAAGGGAGGGACAAUCAAGGAAAGGUCGCCAAGUCUAUUUAGGUGGGUAUGACAAAGAAGAGAAAGCGGCUAGGGCUUACGAUCUUGCUGCAUUGAAGUACUGGGGAACAUCCACCACUACCAAUUUUCCGAUCAGUAACUAUGAGAAGGAAUUGGAGGAGAUGAAGCACAUGACGAGACAGGAAUUUGUGGCUUCUAUUCGAAGGAAGAGUAGUGGUUUUUCUAGGGGUGCAUCCAUGUAUCGUGGAGUAACAAGGCAUCACCAACAUGGAAGAUGGCAAGCAAGGAUUGGCAGAGUUGCUGGAAACAAAGAUCUUUAUUUGGGAACUUUCAGUACUGAGGAGGAAGCUGCAGAAGCAUAUGACAUUGCAGCAAUAAAGUUCAGAGGCCUUAAUGCAGUCACAAACUUUGACAUGAAUCGUUAUGAUGUGAAGAGCAUUCUUGAAAGCAACACUCUCCCAAUUGGAGGAGGGGCUGCCAAAAGACUAAAGGAGGCUCAAGCCAUUGAAUCUUCAAGAAAAAGAGAAGAAAUGAUAGCCCUUGGAUCAAGCUUUCAAUAUGGUAGCUCAAGCUCUAGUAGGUUACAACCAUACCCUCUAUUGCAACACCAACCAUUUGAUCAACCCCAACCUUUACUAACCCUACAAAACCAUGACAUUUCACCGUACACAGCACAAGACCCUUCAUUUCACCAGAGUUACAUACAAACCCAGCUCCAAUUGCACCAGCAAUCUGCAGGUUCUUAUCUUCAUCAAUCAAGCCAGAAUAAUAGUUCUCAGUUUUACAACAGUUACCUUCAGAACCACCCGGCUUUGCUUCAGGGUUUGAUGAACAUGGGUUCUUCUUCUUCUGUGAUUGAGAAUAAUGGAAGUUCUAGUGGGAGUUAUAGUGGCGGAGGAUAUUUGGGAAAUGGGCUUAAUGCAAUGGCUACGAAUUCCCCCUCAGGCAAUGCAGUGGGAUCAGCCGCAGAUGAACUUGCACUUGUGAAGGUUGAUUAUGAUAUGCCUUCUGGGGGUUAUGGUAGCUGGUCUGGGGACUCUGUUCAAGGAUCAAAUCCUAGUGUUUUCACAAUGUGGAAUGACUAAGAUGUGUGAAGGAAGGUGUGGA